CAUGUAUUUGUGAUUGCAUAUGUUAAAUUUGUGUAACGAGCGCUGCUAGCGCUGAAGUUGUCAAACGUCAAACGGAAUUUCUCGUAACUUCCUUUUCACGUCUGCCAUUUUGCGCGUGGUUCCUCGUGUGGUUAAACCCGAGAAAAACAUAUAAAUUCAUUCACAAUGGAGAACGAUAACCGUGAAUUCGUCGACUUGUACUGCCCGAGGAAGUGCUCGGCAAGUAACAGAAUCAUCCACGCCAAGGAUCACGCUUCCAUUCAGAUCAGUCUGGUGGAGGUGAACCCUACCACUGGUUGCAUGACUGACAAAACAAAGAGUUAUGCACUCUGUGGGGCCAUCCGUAGGAUGGGUGAAUCUGAUGAUUGUAUUGUAAGGCUAACCAAGAAGGAUGGUAUUCUGUCAAAGAACUACUAGAUUUGUUCAGGCAUACAUUAUUUGUAAUAAUAAGUCAUGUUUAAAUAAAUCUUUUCUUAUAAUAUGAGUAAAA